UUUGCCUCGAGACGCAGCGAUGGGUCGACCCGAGUGCACGCAGUCGUGCGUCGUCUUGCCGCGCAGCAUCGCCGGCCUCAUCGUCGGUAAAGGCGGCUGGCGGCUCCGGGAGAUUGAGAAGACCUUCCAAUUGCACGUCUGCUACGUGGCCAAGCAAGGGGCAACCCAGUACGUCGUCUGUGAAGGCAGCGCGCUCGACGUCCAAGCCGCGAAAGCGAGUAUCAAGCAAGCGAUUGCCCAUGCGCUGUCGACGCCGUGGUCCCAGCGGGUGUCUCUCUACGUGUAUCAGUACGACGGGCCGUCGCUGCCCGGCGCGGUCCGGCUUCACCACAUCAACACGUCCACGUUGCAGUCGACGUGCAAGACGUCGUCCGCUCGCUGCUUUACAGCAACCAUGGUCGCAUGCACCGGCAGAGCGACAAAGCUCGGCUCGUGCGACGCGCCCGCCAUCGUUGGCGCCGGCGGCAAGGCGGUCACCUUUGCCAACGAGCUCCGCGCGACACAGCCGUAUGUGCACACGCUCUUUGCCCGCCUCCAAAAGACGACCACCGACGUGCGCAUCGGAGCCGUCCUUGGAAAAAACUUCAUGGUCUCGUCGAGCCACCGCUGCGCCACGGUCUCGACUGCCGAGUGGGCCUCACUGCACGCAACGACGCAAGACUACUUCAACCGGUACAUGCUGCAUACUGGGCGCGCCCAUGCCGUACGUUUGUGGGCUAUGGAGCAGGGCUACGUGCACACGCAGGUGACGCUCCACGCGCUGCAGUACCGUCAAUUUGCCGACGCGCCGUCGUACAAGACGCUCUUCAGUAAGCGCAGCAACAUCCCAAAGCUAUCGUCGGCGUCGUUUCCGGUGCUCAAGGUCGCAACGCCAGGAGCCACCGGCAAGCACACAGCGGGCUUUGCCAGCACCAUCAGCGUCAUUGCGAGUACAAGCGCCAAGAUGGACUUUCAGUUGACGUUCCGUGCCAAGCCAGCAGCGACCACUGCAACGUACAAGUCCAAGGCCCCGCGAGCAGCAGGCAAAGCAAUCACCAAGCCCAAGCCAUGGCAACAGAGUCGACCUGAGAAAGUGCUCUUCCAGAUCGUCGAGCGCUGGAGCAACGGCGACGUCACAAUCUCCAUCGAGCAAAAGCCGUCGAGCACGAUGACGCCGGCGCCGGCCACGGAUCUCUGGGCGGUGCACGUUGCGCCCAGCAGCGCCGCCAUCGCCGCCAUGUGCUCGUCCCGCGACGCCUUCGCGGCCGGCGUCUACAGCCUCGAGGCCCUCGCCAAGGUCCUCGUCGCCAUCGUCGGCUAGUCGUGCCCUCCUUGUCCGCUCGUGCCUUUCGACCGUUCGGUUUUAUACGUUGAAGUGAGUUUAAACACGUUUAUUCGGUUAUUGGAUGGCAUCGAAAAUAACGCAAUGCGUUUUUUGCACCA